AUGAGUAGUCGUGCCUGCACUCCACCUCACGGUCUCGGCAGGGGUAGUCAGGAAUCGGUACCCCAUAAAAAAGCGAAUAGAAGAGCCGUUGCUCCCCUUGAUGCUGUCCCGUCGCCGCCACUGGCGUGGGCACAAGGGCAAGAGCAUUCCUCACCGUCUUCAGUGGUGAUGCUCUCCUGCAGCAGCGACGACGACACAGACUUGUUUUGCUUUCCUCACCUAAAUGGAGAUGCAGCUGCCACACCGCCACCAUCUCAACCGCCCUUGACGCGAGCGCAACUCCUGGCGCUGCAGCGAUCUACGUCUGACCACAAUCUCGUAGCACUGACACCUGCGACCACGACAGCACUGAACAACAACGAAGGACGAACGGGCACGAUGGUGUUGGGCGCCACUCAUCUCCGUGGCGACACCAAUCAGGUCAUCAAGCAGCGCCAGGAGCGUGUGAUGUCGUGGUUAGCGGGUACGUCUGCAACCCCCAACCGCCCCCCAGACGGUUCGGACGAUGGCGCCACCGACGCAGAACUUCGCGGCUCGGGAGUACCUGACGGGCUACACACACCUCCCCGGCUCGUGGCCUCAUCCGUUCUCGUUCCUUAUGCCGCCUCUACGGCGCCCGUCUUACCCUCUCUUGCAGGAUCUUCGGGCGUGGGCCUCCGCUCUCCGACUGGCAUUCAGCAAUCAUCUGAUUCAGCUGUGGUGCCGCCGUGGUGCGCACUCGACACCCGAACGCAGGCAUGCUGCACGCCCCCUCGCUCGUCCCCACACCCGUGGAGUCUGUCGGCGCUGCACACGUGCGACGCGCAGGGAGCACCGGUAACUGCGUCAGACUGGCCGACAGUUUCCAUCACUCGAGACUCGCCGAGGCGCAGACCAACGCCUCUGGCCUCGAUGCUGUUGCCUUUCCUGGCUUCUCCGACACCGCGGCGGCCGUCCGUUGUACGCGAAUCGACGAAGGACUGCUCCGCCCCAUCCCCGGCUCUGUCAGGGGCCUUACGCGACGCAAGGACUCGAGAAGCACCGCCGGAGUCGCCGCUGCCUCUCUCCGUCCAGGAAGCUGUUACGGCCGCCUCCGCGCCGCGCGCCACCAGCAGCCACGGCGACGGUGAAAACCCUAUUGCUCUGCGGGUGUGCACGCUCUCCGGCCUCACGCUUCGGGUAACGGCGGACCGGUGUUUGAGCGUGGCCGCGCUGGCGCAGCGCGUGGCUCAGUACCUGCAGUUGCGAGGAGCACAGGUGCAACUCAAGUACACCCGGACCGGCGUUGUUUUCGACGCGCCGUCAUCUGACAUGAGGGGUGUCGAGACCGCUUCGGCGACGGCGAACGUUCGACUCUGCGACCUCCCGGGGCUUCAAUCUUCCGACGUGUUUGUUGUGCUCCUCCGUGCACAGCGGGGUGAACCAUCGCCGUUGUCGCGUCUGCCGUCUCGGCCAUCGGCAGCUGGGUCGCUAGCGGGCCGCUCCCCUUCUCCUCGGCCCUCGUCGGCGUCGUCUCCAGUGCGCCUGUCUGGCCGCCAUGCCAUCGCAGCGAAACGCGCACGUCGAAGCACACCGGUGCCGUCGCUGCCAGCCUGCGCCAUCGCAGAGUCAUUGCCCCCUCUGGCCGGUGCGCAUACAACUCGUGGUAUAUGUACCAACGCCUCUGUGCCGCCACUGAAGCCUGAGCCGGCGCCUAUAUCUGGUGGAAGCAGCUCUGGCACCCGCUGUGCCCGUCUCACCACACCCUCGCCCGGUGGUACAUCUUCCGUAGAACACCCAAGAGAAGGGAAGCACAGACGCCAUGACACCGAGAUGUACUCGUCGAUGACGCAGCCGCUGUCCGUCGUGUCGCCGGCGCGGACUGCUGCUACUACAUUUGCGGCGAGCGACCCAGUGGGCGAGCGGGUGGGACGCGUGUCGGCCGGCUCCUAUGGCUAUCCCCCCCUGGCCAAAUCACGAGCACGCCGCAUGUAG